AUGGACGACGAAGUUGCUGCCAUUGUUAUUGAUAAUGGUUCCGGAAUGUGCAAAGCGGGCUUUGCUGGCGAUGACGCUCCCCGUGCUGUUUUUCCUUCCAUUACUGGCCGUCCCCGUCACCAUGGGAUCAUGAUUGGUAUGGGCCAAAAAGACUCCUAUGUCGGGGACGAAGCGCAGUCUAAACGUGGUGUCCUUUCACUCCACUACCCGAUUGAGCACGGCGUCGUUAACAACUGGGAUGACAUGGAGAAAAUCUGGCAUCACACAUACUUCAACGAGCUCCGCGUGGCACCUGAAGAGCAUCCCGUUCUGUUGACAGAGGCUCCUAUAAAUCCGAAAUCGAAUCGGGAAAAGAUGACUCAGAUCAUGUUUGAAACCUUCAACGUGCCCGCCUUCUAUGUCUCUAUCCAGGCUGUGCUGUCUUUGUAUGCAUCUGGUCGCACCACUGGUAUUGUCCUGGACUCCGGCGAUGGCGUUACGCACGUGGUUCCAAUUUACGAAGGAUUCUCUAUGCCACACGCUAUCGCUCGUAUGGACAUAGCUGGCCGUGACUUGACCGACUACUUGGUGAGAAUCCUCGCAGAGCGCGGCCACAGCUUCACCACAUCCGCCGAACACGAGAUCGUGCGCGAUAUCAAAGAGAAACUAUGCUACGUUGCGCUAGACUUCGAACAGGAGCUCGAAACCGCCGCCCAGAGUUCCAGCGUCGAGAAAUCCUACGAGCUCCCUGACGGACAAGUGAUCACGAUUGGCAAUGAGCGCUUCCGGGCACCCGAAGCUUUGUUUCAGCCAAGCUUGCUUGGGAUCGAGCAAGGUGGCAUCCAUGAGACAACGUUCAACUCAAUUCAGAAAUGCGAUGUCGACGUUCGCAAGGACUUGUAUGGUAACAUCGUCAUGUCUGGUGGUACGACUCUUUAUCCGGGCAUUGCAGACCGACUGCAUAAAGAGCUUGUGAACCUGUCUCCUUCGUCCAUGAAAAUCAAGACCGUCGCUCCACCGGAACGGAAGUACUCGGUUUGGAUCGGUGGCUCGAUUCUCACUUCGCUCUCGACGUUCCAGCAAAUGUGGAUUUCGAAACAGGAGUAUGACGAGAGUGGUCCUUCGAUUGUGCACCGGAAGUGCUUUUAG